GAUGUUAGAAAACGCGUCAUUUUUACGCGGGAAAUCCUGUGAGAGCAUUUGUGUGUUUCUGUUUGUGUUUUCUUACAAAAUAUCUUAAUUUCUCGUAUAUUCUCGAGAGAAAACUUUUAAAAUAUGUCUCAAAACACCGAUUCCCCCAUACCUCCAACUCCCAGCGAUGUGGAUAAUGAGGAUCAAAGGGAGAUAAGAGAGGCACUGGAGUCUCCAGUGGGAGAGUUUGAGAAUGCUGAAGAACUCUUGGGAGACAUGACGGUGCAUGAGGACGAAGAUGAAGAGGGAGAAGAACUGUUUGGAGACAACAUGGAGAAUGAUUACCGGCCAAUUCCUGAGCUCGAUCGCUACGAUGAAGCUGUCCUGGACGAUGAGGAUGACUACAGUGUGAUUUCAGCGAGCGAACGUAGGGCAGCUGAGGAGGAAAUGCGCCGUCGUGAUCGAGCUCUUGGGAUCGUAAGGGAUGACCGGGAGCUUCUGUACGAUCGCAGCGAUGAUGAGGAUGAUAUCCCAAGGGCCAAACGCCGAGCAGCGGAAAAAGCUGCCAUGGGAGGAGAACUGGAGGACGAAGAGAUGGUGGAGUCUAUUGAAAAUCUCGAGGACACCAAAGGGCACUCCACAAAGGAAUGGGUAUCGAUGCUGGCACCCCGAACUGAGAUCACAAAUCGAUUCAAGAAUUUUCUUAGGACUUUUGUUGAUGACAAUGGACAUUUGAGAUACAGAGAACGGAUCAAGAGAAUGUGUGAGCAGAAUCAAUCGAGCUUUACUGUGUCUUAUCCGGAUUUGGUAAAUAAGGAGCACGUGCUGGCUUACUUUUUGCCCGAGGCUCCUUUUCAGAUGUUUGAGAUCUUCGAUAAGGUUGCCAAAGACAUGGUCCUGAGUAUCUAUCCUACUUAUGAAAGAGUUACCAAUGAGAUCCAUGUGAGGAUCUCAGAUCUGCCGCUGGUGGAAGAAUUAAGAACCUUCCGGAAGUUGCAUUUAAAUCAACUGGUCAGAACUUUGGGAGUAGUUACUGCGACGACAGGUGUUCUUCCGCAGCUUUCAGUGAUAAAGUACGAUUGCGUUAAAUGUGGCUAUAUUCUUGGGCCAUUUGUCCAGUCGCAGAAUUCAGAAGUCAAGCCAGGAUCGUGCCCGGAAUGUCAGAGUUCUGGACCGUUUUCCAUCAACAUGGAACAAACUCUUUACCGGAAUUAUCAGAAAAUUACUCUACACGAGAGUCCAGGAAGAAUUCCCGCCGGAAGGAUUCCCAGGAGCAAGGAUUGUAUCCUCUUGGCGGAUUUGUGUGACUCCUGCAAACCAGGAGAUGAAAUUGAAGUCACUGGAAUUUAUACAAAUAACUACGAUGGAUCUCUAAAUACUGACCAGGGAUUCCCAGUUUUUGCCACCGUGAUCCUGGUCAAUCACAUUGUGGUGAAGGAUUCAAAGCAAGUUGUUCAGUCUCUGACCGAUGAGGAUAUCAUGGUCAUUCAGAAGCUCAGCAAAGAUCCCAAAAUUGGUGAUCGCAUCGUGGCCAGUAUUGCUCCAUCAAUUUAUGGGCAUGACUUUAUCAAGAGGAGCCUGGCUCUGGCUCUCUUUGGUGGUGAGGCAAAAAAUGCCGGGGAGAAGCACAAGAUCAGAGGAGACAUCAAUGUCCUGAUUUGCGGUGAUCCAGGAACAGCAAAAUCCCAAUUUCUGAAAUAUGUCGAGAAAAUCGCACCACGAGCUGUCUUCACCACUGGCCAGGGUGCUUCGGCUGUUGGUCUAACAGCCUACGUCAGACGCAAUCCCACAUCCAGGGAAUGGACUCUGGAAGCAGGAGCUCUCGUGCUGGCUGACCAGGGAGUCUGCCUGAUUGAUGAGUUCGACAAGAUGAACGAUCAAGAUCGUACCUCCAUUCACGAGGCUAUGGAGCAGCAAUCCAUCUCAAUCUCCAAAGUCGGCAUUGUGACCUCCCUUCAAGCUCGCUGCGCCGUUAUUGCAGCUGCCAAUCCCAUCGGGGGGCGCUAUGACUCCAGUAUGACCUUCACGGAAAAUGUGAAUCUCUCAGAGCCAAUUCUUUCCCGUUUUGAUGUUCUCUGUGUCGUCAAGGAUGAAUUUGAUCCCAUCCAGGAUCAGCAUCUGGCCAGAUUUGUCGUUCAUUCACACAUCAAGCACCAUCCAACAAUGGAGGAUGGUCUCCAGGAGACUCAGCAAUCCCAGAACACAGAAAAUCUCGAUGAGAUUCCGCAGGAACUGCUGAAAAAAUAUCUCGUUUAUGCGAAAGAAAAUGUCCAUCCGAAGCUCACGAAUAUGGAUCAGGACAAAAUUGCCAAGAUGUACGCUCAGCUGCGACAGGAAUCUCUGGCUACUGGAAGUCUUCCGAUAACAGUGAGGCACAUUGAGAGCGUCAUCCGAAUGUCGGAGGCGCAUGCAAAAAUGCACUUAAGGGAUUCUGUUCAGGAGAUUGACGUCAACAUGGCCAUCCGGAUGAUGCUGGAAGGAUUCAUUGAGGCUCAGAAGUUCAGUGUGAUGAAAAAGAUGAGAGCUACCUUCCAGAAAUAUUUGUCAUUCCAAAAGGACAACGCCGAGCUGCUUUUCUUCAUCCUGAGGCAGCUAUCGCUGGAUCAAUUGAUGUAUGUGAGAUGCAAGGAGGGACCUACAGCUACCCACAUAGAGAUUAUGGAGCGAGAUCUGAUGGAAAGGGCCAAGCAGAUCAACAUCUACAGCGUCAAGUCCUUCUACGACAGCCCUCUAUUCCGCAACAAUGGCUAUACCUACGAUCCACGGAGAAAAGUGAUUGUUCAGGUGGUUCCGGAAGCUGCUGUGGCUCAGUAAAAAGUCCCAAUUUUCUGUCCACAUUUACUUUUUGAUUAUUUUUUUUCCACAAAUAAAUUUUUCAAUGAGGUUUCUUACGUCUA